GUUACUUAACUGUGAGGGCCCUCACAUGGCGCCACCCACCCCAUGACGGCCAGAUGUAACCAGAGGAUAGACGUCAUUUCACCUGACUCUGCUGGUGGAAAAUGGCCACCGCGGCACAGGACCCUCACUUGGGUGCAGGCCCCGAUGAUGAGGACGGGUCUCCGUCGGGUUGGGACUCAGACAGCAUCCUGUCCGACGACUCUGUGCUGCCAGACUACACGCCGGAGACAUCCGACGGGUCAACGGCAUGCACGCUGUACCAAGCAUGCGCCCGUAAUGACCUGGCCUCUCUGCGCAGGGUUCUGGAGAGAGGGGUGACAAGGGAAGAGGUCAUGGACUUGGACAUCAAUAACUGGAAUGGCUUGAUGGUGGCUUGCUGCAAAGGAUUCAUAGACAUUAUAUAUGGUCUUAAUACCUGCCCCUACAUAGACAUCAACCAUCAGGACAACGAAGGCAACACAGCACUGAUGAUUGCAUCCCAAGCAGGUCACGUGAACUCGGUCAUGUACCUUCUAAACUAUUACCCGGGAAUAGACACAGAAAUAAAAGACUGCCGUGGCUUCACAGCCCUCAUCAAAGCUGCAAUGACGGGCCGCGAUGACGUUGUUGCUGCGCUCGUGAUGGCCGGAGCUGACAUUCAUGUAACAGACACCACGAGAGGAAAGUGCGCUCAGGACUGGGCGCUAAAAACAGGUCGCUAUGAGACACUGUAUCGUCUGCGCCGCCUCAAAAUGAGGCCAAAAGCUGAGCAGUUUUGUGAAAGCUACAUCCCGGAGUGGCCUGAGCUCAAGGAAAGGGUCGCAAAGGCUAUGGCGGAAAAAAGCACCCGGGAAAAAAUCUCCCAUCACAUUAAGAACACAUUUGGAUUCCGAUUUCCUCAUGACCCUGAGGAUAACGGAGUUUUGGACCAUAUGGUACGGAUGACCACCAGUAUCCACAGCCCCCUCAUUUCCACUGCGUGUCGUCCACUGUGCCCCACCAGUCCCCCUGAAUUGGGCAAGAGGCGACUCGCCGUACCAGAGCUGAUGAAGAAACAUUCCGAGAAGGAACUGGAGGAAAGUUCCGUGUGCCACAGCAACGGCUCCGUGUCACACAUCAUUCCCUCCAUCCACUCGGCUGACUCCAUUGCGACAACCUGCUGCGCCGACGCUGAGAGGAGGGGCAGCAUCCUCUCACUGGCUUCCACUAAGGUCGCCUCCAAGUUCAUCCCUCGAAGUAUGGCCAGGAGAAACAGCGUGUUCCCUUCGGGAUGUAUCCCCCAGAUCAAUAUCAACAGACCGACAGAGGCCACGCCAAAGAAAGAAAAGAAGAAGAAGAAGACAGAGAAAGGCUACCUAGAACCACCAAAGUGGAAAUAUAAGGAGCUCAAGGAAGAAAAGAAGAAGGAGAAAAAGGAGAAAGAAAAAAAUGAGAAAAAAAGAGAACACAACCACACAAAGACCAAAAAUUAACAUAAUUUCUAAAGCUUUAUUAUUUCAGAAACAAAGUUAUUAUUAUUCUUUUUUUAAAUAAUCACUACACGGGGCUUCAAAACAGUCAUGAUUGAUUCAUGAAGACAAAUAAGCUGAGAAAUACAGUUUGGAGUUCAAGCAGUGAAACAUCGGUUUUCGUAUGCUCUAGUUGUUGUCUUUUUUUUUGCCAAAGUUUUGUCCGGUUUUCAUACAUCUACUCAAUUUUCAUGAAGUUGAAAAUGGUUGUCGAUAGUCUAAUCCAUCCAGGUCAUUUCAGGGCAUAGAAUUGAUUGCAAAAUACUUGUGAAUCUGUCCAUUUCAUUCAUUAGUUACAUUUAUUUCGCAUUGAUUUUGGUGUACUGUA